AUGGAAGAUCAAGCCAAUAAUCAGUGUUCCAGUAGCAACAAUGCUUCGGAAAAAACUCCAGAGUCAACCGUUGAGCUUAACAUUAAGACGCUUGAUUCACAGACGUAUACUUUCCAGAUGAACAAGAAUGAAACAGUUUCACUAUUCAAGGAGAAGAUAGCUAGUAAGAUAGGGGUGCCGGUUGGUCAGCAGAGGCUCAUUUUCCGGGGAAGGGUUUUGAAAGAUGAUCAUCCUCUCUCGGAAUAUCAUUUGGAAAAUGGGCAUACUUUACACUUGGUUGUGAGGCAGCCAGCAGAAUCACUGCCUCCAUCUGGCACACCUUCCGAAGGGGCAACUGCUAAUGAUGGAAAUGGUACAAAUGGUGGACCAUCUCGAAAUCGGGGACAGAUCUCCCACAGCGUAGUUCUUGGGAGUUUUAAUGUUGGAGAUCAGAUUGAAGCCGGAGUUCCAGAUCUCAGCCGGGUCAUUGGAGCAGUUCUAAAUUCUUUUGGAGUUGGCGGGCAGCAGCCUACAAAUAUCAGUACUAAUGGCACGCAGUCCUCUAUGCCCUCAAAUUUGUCUGGUCAUGCUCCUCCUAGAAUUACAACUGGUGGAGCGCCUGGCAUCGGUGUUCAAAGCCAAGCGGCCGGUCAUUCACAACCUAGGCAAGCAUUUCCUGGUGCAACAUUUCGAGCAUCUAUGCCUCAUGUAGUUCAGAUUCCAGUUACAGCAGCUACAGCAAUUCCUAUUCCUAUUCCUUCAUUCCAUACGCCUAUUCCGGAUUCGUUAGACACUCUUUUGGAGUUCAUUAAUCGGAUGGAGCAGGCAUUAUCGCAAAAUGGCUAUCAGCCAGAUACCUCUGCGACAUCAGGAGGCCAGCCAAGGGAAGAGUUGCCUAGAAAUAGACACGGUCCAUCAACACCUGAAGCACUCUCCGUUGUCCUAAGGAAUGCACAACAUUUGCUGAGUGGUUUAGCUGUCUCAUCUUUAUCACAUAUUGCAGGACGCCUGGAGCAGGAUGGAUCCUCUUCAGAUCCUACUCUCAGGGCACAAAUUCAGACUGAGGCAGUGCAAGUAGGUCUUGCCAUGCAACAUUUAGGGGCUCUCCUACUGGAGCUUGGGCGCACAAUUCUGACACUGAGAAUGGCACAGUCUCCGGAAUUAUCCUAUGUGAAUGCUGGGCCUGCUGUUUAUAUAUCUUCAUCAGGUCCGAAUCCUAUUAUGGUUCAGCCUUUUCCUCAUCAAACCAGCUCUCUCUUUACUGGUGCUACUGGUGCGACUGCCUCACCAAAUCCAUUAAUUGGACCAGUUGGCUUAGGAACUGCCCCGAGGCACAUUAACAUUCACAUACAUGCUGGUACAUCUCUAUCACCUAUGAUGUCAUCAGUUGCAAACCAGCAAAGCAAUGGAGGAGGAGGGCAAGGAAAUCUUGACAGCAAUACAAAUUCAGUUCGGAAUUUGCCUGCUGGGGUUCAGAGUGGUGAGAAUGUUUCUGCUGGGGUUCAACCUGGUUUGGAUGGCUCUGUUUCAGUUUCCGAAUUUAAUGCAAGGAUGAGAGAAUUGGUAACCAAUAUGCAAGGAGGAAGCCAGAUUCCAUCUGGUACAGAAUCUCGCGAGCCAGAAACUUCUGCGGGCCAUGGUGUUACCAGUGCAAUGGGUGAGCAGCCUACCAAUACUGCAGCUACUAGCAUACCUGAGGAGUCGAGUGGCUCACCGCCUGACUUACCAUCCGAGAGGAGUAACUCGAUGAGUCAAAGCGAUAAAGAACUGGGUGAAGAUUUAGGGCAUCCAGCCAGUGCAAAAGAUAUCUCUUGUACUACAGGACAAUCCUCAGCAUCACUAGGAGAGUCCACAAGCAACAGAGAAGAUGCUACUAGCGAUGCCAAAUCAUCCAAGAAGGCUACUCCAGAGGUAGCUACAGCUACGCCACUUGGGUUGGGGCUUGGGGGUUUGGACCGUAAGAAACGAAGCAAGCAGCCCAAGGCAUUAGGUAAGAAUGAAGAUGGUGGGACGUCUGCUUCAUUUGAAAGUGUGCAACAGAACAGUGGGACCAGUGGUCAGCAGCUUUUGCAAUCUCUCUUUUCUGGUAGUUCUCACUCAGAUCAGACUGGUCUGAGACGAGGGCAAGGUUCAGAUGAUCGGGUAGAUGUCUCAAGUGCAAUGUCUCAGGUCUUGGAGAGCCCUGUAUUGGAUGGAUUGCUAGCAGGGGUAUCUCGACAAACUGGUGUUGAUUCACCAAAUAUGCUGAGAAAUAUGCUGCAGCAGGUUACCCAGAACCCACAGAUCAUGAACACAGUCCAACAAAUUGCUCAACAGGUGGAUGGGCAAGAGAUAGAGAAUAUGAUGUCAGGUGGAGGUCAGGGCGAAGGGGGCGGCUUUGAUUUCUCGAGAAUGGUCCAGCAAAUGAUGCCUCUAGUCUCGCGUGCUUUUACCCAAGGAGGGCCAUCAUCUGACCCCACAACACAACAGCCUGCUGAUCAUCAACUUUUUCAGGCAAAUGUUCAACCUAUGGUGCAAAUGAUCGAGCACUCUGAUCCACCAGAGGAUGUCUUCCGUGCAAUAGUUGAAAAUGCUGCGAUGAGCCAAGAAGACCUUGCGAACGAGCUCUGCUGUGAUGAAGUUCUUGCUCAUGAAUAUGCGGAGUUGCUAAGGCGUGAUAUUGAAGGCCGGCUACAAGAUGAUCAAGCUGCGGUGAGUAGGAAGGCCGGAGAGGCACUGGUGAUGGAAGAGAUCGUGGUGGCUCCGCCGCAGCCUUGUGAGGUUCGCAUCCGAAUCAUAUGCACCGCUCUCUGUCACAGUGACGUCACCUUUUGGAAACUCGAGGUUCCUCCAGCUUGCUUUCCCAGGAUUCUAGGCCACGAGGCAAUAGGAGUAGUGGAGAGUGUCGGUGAAAACGUGACUGAAGUGGUAGAAGGAGACACCGUACUACCGACGUUCAUGUCGGAUUGCGGGGACUGUGUUGACUGCAAAUCACACAGAAGCAACCUCUGCAGCAAAUUCCCUUUCCAGGUAUCGCCAUGGAUGCCGAGAUACGAGAACUCAAGCAGAUUCACUGACCUCAAUGGCAACACUCUCUUCCAUUUCUUAAACGUUUCCAGCUUCAGUGAAUACACUGUGGUCGAUGUAGCAAACGUUGUUAAGAUCGAUUCCUCUGUUUCACCAAGCCGUGCUUGUCUCCUCAGCUGCGGAGUCUCCACUGGUGUUGGUGCUGCUUGGGAGACAGCUAAAGUGGAACAAGGAUCAACUGUUGUGAUCUUUGGACUUGGUUCUAUCGGAUUAGCGGUUGCAGAAGGGUCGAGACUCUGUGGUGCCUCUCGAGUCAUUGGUGUUGAUAUAAAUCCGGACAAAUUCCAAGUUGGCCAGAAGUUUGGAGUAACUGAGUUUGUAAACUCUAUGACAUGUGGAAACAAGCGCGUGAGCGAGGUGAUCAAUGAAAUGACUGGUGGUGGAGCAGACUAUUGCUUCGAAUGUGUCGGAAGUAGUGCUUUGGUUCAAGAAGCUUAUGCUUGUUGCAGACAGGGAUGGGGAAAGACGAUAACUUUAGGGGUGGACAAGCCAGGUUCACAGAUAUGUUUGGACUCGUUCGAUGUUCUUCACCACGGGAAGAUACUGAUGGGUUCGUUGUUUGGAGGUUUGAAAGCUAAAACACACAUUCCUCUUCUUCUGAAACGUUACUUGAGCAAUGAGCUUGAGUUGGAUAAGUUUGUGACGCACGAGAUGAAAUUCGAGGACAUUAACGAUGCAGUUCAACUACUACUUGAAGGGAAAUCCAUCAGGUGUGUCUUGUGGAUGGGCUAA